AUGCUUUAAUUAUAAAAAACAUCUUGGGCCUAAUAUAAUUCUCCUAGACUUCUUUAGGAAAAUAUUCCAAGUUCUCCUUCUAUGAGAUCUGAAUAGCUUUCAAGACAAGAUGAAAUAGAUGAAUAAUGGGAUGUUAAUGUGUAAACUAAUUUUGUAAAGAAAGUUGGUUCAAAUUAAAAUUAAAGAUUUGAAAGUGAUUUCACAGUUCAUGAUUAAGAUAAGAGUAAUUUUAAAAUUUAACUAAAUAGGAAAUAUAUUACAUUAAACUGCAUUGAGGUAAGAUGCUAAAAUUCUAGAUCUCUUAAUUUAAGAUUAUAACAAUCUACUCAAAGAUAAUCAAAGAUAAGAUAGAAGAAAAAGAAAUAGCAAAAUUUCAUAAAUUAAGCAUGAUGAUAAUGAAGACGAAUAAAUUAUUGAAAUUGAUUUUGAUUGUGAAGAUUAUGAAUUUUCUGAAAUACAAGAUUAAGUAAAAAAGUAUGUAUAAUAACCAGACAUUUUUGGAUGUACUCCUAUUCAAAUAUGUUGUUUUUUAAAUGAUCCUAAAUAGCUUAAGUAUAGAAAAGAAUGUUUGAAAAUUUUAAUUGAAAAUGGAUCAGAUGUAAAUGAAGUUAAUCCACAUAAUUAAUGGAGACCUUUACAUUGGUGUUCAUUUUAUGGUGAUGAAGCUAGUGUUGUAUUAUUAUUAUAAAAUAAAGCCUAUACAUUUUUAUGUGACAAUAAUGGAUUAUAUCCCAUAGAUUUAGCAGGCAAAAAUCAACAUAUAUAAGUUCUAAAAAUCUUAAUAGAGAAUUUGGUUAUUUUUUUAAGGGAUUGUUAAUUAUUUUGGAUAAAUGAUUUAAGAGGUAAAAAAGAAUCUGAAUUUAUUGAAUUUCAAGAAAUUUGUUAUAAAUAUGAAGCUGAAUUGUAAAAUCCACUUCUUUAUACAAAGGUCUUAUUUUGGUGUUGCAGAUUUUAAAUUAAUUAAUUCAUCUAAAUGAUACUUAAAAAUUUACCUAGAAUUUAUAUUAUGUAUCCUAUAAAAUCUUUAGAUUCUUAAACUUGUCUUCAUGCUUGUUGUAUUAGCAAUAAUUCUGAAGCAUUAAAAUCCAUAGUUAAAUUUGAAAUUUUAGAUUUAUCUAUAAUGAAACCUGAUCCAGGUUAAUCAAGAAAAUAAUUCAAAAAAGAAAGAAGGAGAGAAGAAUACUACUAUAAAAUUAUGAGUUAAUAUUUAGAAUAAAUUACAAAAAAUGAAAUUAAUGGAAUAAAUCAGAUUUUAUAAAAAAAAGAUACUUAAAUUUAUAAAGAAAGAUAUUAUCACGAACUUUAAAGGUAUCUAAAAUAAGAUUAAAUUUAUAAAUAAGAACUUGCUAAAGUUAAUUAUCUUAUAUUAAACUUAAGAGAUUAAAAAACUUAUGAUUUAAUAAAAAGGACUUUUUGUAGGAAUGUUUUAAAUAUAAAUGUAAAAGAUAAUCAUGGAAAUACACCAUUACAUUUAGCAUCUUUAAAUGGAGAUUAAUAAAUUAUUAAAUUUCUUUUAAAUAAAUAUGCUGAUCCUGAAGCAGAAAAUAAUGAAUUCUUUAGAGCAAAGUAAUUAACAAGAGAUUUUGCAACAUAAUUAUAUUAUGAUAGUCUUAUUAAGAAAUAAAAAUAUAUGGUUGGUUAAUCUUAAUUAUUGCAAUCUUUUGGAGUUAUCUUCCAAAAAUAUUAAUAAAAGAAAUCAAAAAUUAGCACAAAUUUUGAAGAUUAAUACAAUUUAUCUGAAAAUAUCAAAAAUAAAUCUAAAUAUUAUAGGAUGUAAUUGAAAACUAGAAAAUAAGGAAAAAAGUAAUCUUAAAAAAAAUAAUAAAAAACUAUUUCUAAAAUGGAUUAAAAUGAAUCUGCAGAUAUUAGAACAUCAAAUGCAAAAGAAAAAUCAAAUUUAAUUAUAAAACCUAAAAAAACAAAAAAAGUUACUAAUAAAAUUAUUCCUUUUAAUUUUUAGCCUCCACCAACAGAUGUAAAGACAUCUAAAAAUUCAUAUGAUCAUGUUGAAUAAUUAAUGCUAUUUUCAAGUUAACUUUUUGUUCCAGAUUUAGUAGUCAAGUUUGAUAAAUCAGUUAAAGUGAAUCUAAUAGAUUAUUUUAAAUUAAAUAAAACAUUCAACUUAAAAGAUUAGAAAAAGUUGAUAAAAUAAUAGAUAAACUUUUAAAUAGAUCUUUUAUAAAAAGCAGAAUUUGAAAUUUAUAUGAUGAAAUCUUUUAUUUCAAAAGAUUACAUUUAUUUAAUGUUAAGAAUAAAGGAAGAAAAAUUGGAAAAGUUGGCAGAAGAGAUGGAAAUGUAAAUAAAAUUGAUUGAUUCAUAUGAUUUAGAAUAGUUUAAAAUUAAAUAAAGAAACUAAUUUGAACCUUUUAGAUCUAGUUAAAGAUAGAAAAUUGUUUAUGAACAUUUAAUAAAAUCAAUAAAUUUAGAAUCAUUAAUGAAAUCAAAACUAAUACAUUCAUGUUAUGCAAUGCAUACAUCAGGAGGUAUUUAGAUAGUAAAAAAAGAAUGGUAAUAACUAUUUUUUGGAAUUAUACCAUAACCUAUUUGUUAAAUAAAAGAUUAUUUAAGUGAAGGAAAAGGGAGAAACUUUACAUCAUUAACUACAAUGAGAUUGUAUUUUGGAGAGCAAAUUUCUUUCUUUUUUGCAUGGAUAAGUUAUCUCACUUGUAUAUCAUUAAUAAUUGCAAUACCAGGAUUGAUUAUAUAAUUAUAUGUCAUUUUUUAUGACUUUCAUUCAGAAAUAUUACCAUAUUGGGUAUUGGUUGUAACAAUUUGGUCAACUGUUUAAACAGAAUUAUGGAAAAGAAAAACAUCAGAAAUUAAUACAAGAUGGGGUUGUAUUGAUUAAAUGCUUUAAGUUGAAUCUUCAUAUUAUGAAGGUCCUUUGAAAGAUAAAUUCUCAGGAGAUGAAGAAAUUAAUAAUAUAAGCAAAAAAAUAACAAAGCAUUAAUAAAUAACUAAAAUGGCAGUUUAUUUUGCUAUAUUUUUAAUUUUGUUAGCUGUUUUUCUUCUUGGAAGUUUUGGUAUUGUUUAUGGAAUAGAUUAAUUAAGAAGAGAAGUGUAAUCUUAUAAAGGUGUUGUAUUUUUAUUAGGUGCUUUAUAAGCAAUUGCAAUCUAAAUAUUAAAUAUAUUAUUUCAUUAUUUCUCUAGAUGGUAUGCUGAUUAAGAAAAUCAUAAAUUUGAAUUAAGUUAUGAAAAAUCAUUAAUUUAUAAGAAUGUAUUUUUUAGAUUCAUAAAUUCAUAUAUGCCUUUAGUAUACAUUAUAGUUACAGGAUAAGAUUAUGGUUUAGAAGAUAUUUUUUAUUUUCUUAUCCCUUUAGUUCUUAUUAAAAAAGCAUAUUAUAUUUUAAUUGAUUUUUUAAUUCCUGCAUUAAUUAUAAGGGCUAAAAUUAAAAUUUAUUUUUUUUCAAAAGUCAAAGAAUUUUAUUUAAAAUAAAAAUAAUCUUCACAAAAUAAGAGUAAAUCUUUAUCAUAUUUGGAUGAAAUUGAAUAAUUUUGGACAUAUUAUGAAUUUUAUAAAAAUAAGAAUAUAUAAAAUUAGUCUUAAGAAGAUACCAUUGAAAUUUCAUUUUUAGAAUCUGCCUCUAGAACUGUACUAAAAAUUGAAAGUGAAGAAAUAAUAGAAGAAAAGUUAUUGGAACAAGCUUAGAACCCAAAAUUAGUUUAUUAACCUUUUGAAACCAAGAUUGAUACUGAUGCAAUUGAAUUAAAUUCAUUUAAAGAUGAUUUUGGAGGAACAUUGGAUUAUUUCAUGGAAGCUAUUACUGAUUAUGGUUAUUUUAUUUUAUUUUCAGCAGCUUUUCCAAUAGGUCCAUUUAUAGGAAUAAUAUUAAAUAUUAUAGAAAUUCAAAUGAAACUUUAUAAAUUAAUUUAUAUGACUAAAAGAAUAAAAUCUGAAAGGAUGCCUGGUAUAGGUUAAUGGAUGAAUAUUUUAGAAUUUUUGAGUGCAAUAGGUGUAUUUACUAAUUUUGUUUUAUUAUAUUUUAAACAUAAGGAUGCUACAUUAAAAAUGUUUACAAACGAUGUGCAAUAAAUAAAAGACGAUAAUUUAGAAUUAUGGUAUUUUAUAAGUUGUGUGAUUGCAGUUACUUUAAUAAAAAUUCUUGUAAGAGAAUUAAUACCAGAUAGACCAGAUUGGGUAAUAGAAGAGAUUGAUAAAAUAAAUCACAGGGAAUUGGUUGAACAAUAAGAGAAAGCAAAAUAAAAAUUAAAAGACAUGGAAAAGCUUUUCAAAGAAUUAAGGUAUUGUAUUUAAAUAAUUAUAUAGAGAAGAGAAUAUUAAAUUGAAGAAGGAGUAAGCAGAAUUGGAGAAAAAUACUUAAUUUAAAACCUUGUAAUUAGAUGCUGAAAUAAAUUAGUUAGAGUUAUAGUUUCAAAAUAUUUCAAAAUUUAAGAAGAUUGAUAAAAUAAUGAUUACAGAAUAUGAUAUGAUAGUAUUAAAUGUACUAAAAAAUAGAUAUUAUCAAUUAGAUAAUAUUUUAUUAAUAAAAAGAUUACUUUAGUUGAUAGAAACAAGAACAUUUAUAAUUUAAGUUUGUUAAGAAUGUGGUAAGAUUCCAGUUAUUCUUGAAUGUUUAGAAUGUUAAGAGAAUUAUUGUGCAUCAUGUUAUUAGAGUGUUCAUGCAAUUUAAUAAUUGUAACAUAAAGUAAAAUUGAAAGUGAAGAAAAAUGAAAUAUAAGAGUAAAUUGAAUUAAAUGNUAAGAAUAUAUAAAAUUAGUCUUAAGAAGAUACCAUUGAAAUUUCAUUUUUAGAAUCUGCCUCUAGAACUGUACUAAAAAUUGAAAGUGAAGAAAUAAUAGAAGAAAAGUUAUUGGAACAAGCUUAGAACCCAAAAUUAGUUUAUUAACCUUUUGAAACCAAGAUUGAUACUGAUGCAAUUGAAUUAAAUUCAUUUAAAGAUGAUUUUGGAGGAACAUUGGAUUAUUUCAUGGAAGCUAUUACUGAUUAUGGUUAUUUUAUUUUAUUUUCAGCAGCUUUUCCAAUAGGUCCAUUUAUAGGAAUAAUAUUAAAUAUUAUAGAAAUUCAAAUGAAACUUUAUAAAUUAAUUUAUAUGACUAAAAGAAUAAAAUCUGAAAGGAUGCCUGGUAUAGGUUAAUGGAUGAAUAUUUUAGAAUUUUUGAGUGCAAUAGGUGUAUUUACUAAUUUUGUUUUAUUAUAUUUUAAACAUAAGGAUGCUACAUUAAAAAUGUUUACAAACGAUGUGCAAUAAAUAAAAGACGAUAAUUUAGAAUUAUGGUAUUUUAUAAGUUGUGUGAUUGCAGUUACUUUAAUAAAAAUUCUUGUAAGAGAAUUAAUACCAGAUAGACCAGAUUGGGUAAUAGAAGAGAUUGAUAAAAUAAAUCACAGGGAAUUGGUUGAACAAUAAGAGAAAGCAAAAUAAAAAUUAAAAGACAUGGAAAAGCUUUUCAAAGAAUUAAGGUAUUGUAUUUAAAUAAUUAUAUAGAGAAGAGAAUAUUAAAUUGAAGAAGGAGUAAGCAGAAUUGGAGAAAAAUACUUAAUUUAAAACCUUGUAAUUAGAUGCUGAAAUAAAUUAGUUAGAGUUAUAGUUUCAAAAUAUUUCAAAAUUUAAGAAGAUUGAUAAAAUAAUGAUUACAGAAUAUGAUAUGAUAGUAUUAAAUGUACUAAAAAAUAGAUAUUAUCAAUUAGAUAAUAUUUUAUUAAUAAAAAGAUUACUUUAGUUGAUAGAAACAAGAACAUUUAUAAUUUAAGUUUGUUAAGAAUGUGGUAAGAUUCCAGUUAUUCUUGAAUGUUUAGAAUGUUAAGAGAAUUAUUGUGCAUCAUGUUAUUAGAGUGUUCAUGCAAUUUAAUAAUUGUAACAUAAAGUAAAAUUGAAAGUGAAGAAAAAUGAAAUAUAAGAGUAAAUUGAAUUAAAUGUUGUAUAAGAUUAAUUGGUAUAAAAAUAAGUAGCAACAGAAUAAUAAAAAUAAUUGAAACAAUAAAUAGGAGUUUCACAUCCAAAAAGAUGUUGGAAGAAGAUUGAAUAUUUUUAUAUUCCUUUAUAAUUACAAAGUGGAUAGCCUAAAUUAAAUGAUUUGUAUAUUUAAUUUGGAGAUUUUUAUUUAAAAAGUACAGGUUUAGAAUUUAGAGAUUUUAAAAUAAAUAUUAAUAAGAUUCUUCCUGUUAAAGAUGUAAUAGUAGUUGAUGAUCCAUCAUUAAGAAUAGAAGACAAGAUUUUUCUGAAUCGAAUAGCUUUUUAAUUAUUUAGAAAGAAAAAGCAUUCAGCUGAAAUUUAAUAAUUCCUAAAAUAGUGUACAAUUCUAUAGACAGGAUAAUUGGAAUAAAGAAUAUUUAUGCUUUUUGAUUUUAUAGAUAUAAAUGAAGAUGAUAAAAUAUCAAAGAGUGAAUUAGAGAGUUUAUUUUUAACAUCUUUAGUAUAAGAUGUAAGAACAAAUAAAAGAGUUUAUGAAAUAGUUGAUUAAUUCUUUACAAAUAAUGUAUAAGUUCGGUUGAAAAGGGAUAUAUCCUAAGAGUUUUUUAAUAAGAUUAAUAGAAGUGAAGAAUUUCGAACAUUUUUAGAAGGCUUACUCUAAGUCUAAGGGGUAAAAUGUUGA